AUGGAUGAAUACUUUGGCUGCACCAUAGAAAACCUCCGCUUGGGCGGACACGAAACUUAUUGGCGAGACUUGUUUCCGUUCUUGGAGGCACACGGGUAUACGCUACGUCCCCGCUAUCAUCCAGACUGGAAGCCUGUCUGGCCGCCUUCCCCCGAUAUUACCGUUGCUCAAACAGAGGAUUGGAUGGGCCUUCCGCUAUACCGCAGCCGCAUGAUAGAUGCGACGCGCAUCUCGGACGGCAAGCUGGUGAUGUUGAAGGCCGUUCAGGAGACAUCCACAGAGCUGGACAUAUGCCGCUACUUCUCCUCAGGAAGUCUUCGUGAUGACCCCCGCAAUCGGUGUAUCCCAUUGUUGGAGGCUUUGUCGCAUCCGAGCGACCCUGACGUUUGCAUCAUGGUCAUGCCGUACUUGCGGAACAUCGACCAGCCGCCGUUCGACACUGUUGAAGAUAUACUGGAGUGUGGCGAGCAAUUACUCGAUGGGUUGUUGUUCAUGCAUGAGCACAAUGUUGCUCACCGCCGUAGUGACUGCGCAUACGGCAACGUCAUGAUGGACGUCACCGCCAUGUACCCGAAGGGAUAUCACCCUCUCCACUGGGAGAUGCUGUCAGAUACAGUAACUCCUGCGCCUACGCUUCCUCGCUCAAGCGUUCUGGUCACCUACUAUUUUAUCGACUUCGGUAUCUCCACGCUUUUCUCUCCAGAUGACGCGUCAAAGUUGGUCGUCGGUGUCAAAGGUCUGGAAGGCACCGUGCCGGAAUUGUCGGAGACGGUUCCGUACGAUCCGUUCAAGACGGACGUUUACAUCCUCGGCGCUCUAUUCCGCAAGGAAUUCCUCGCUAAAUUCUCGAACCUAGAAAUGAUUGCAACGCUGGUCGCGUCGAUGACGGCGGAGGAUCCGUCCGCACGCCCUAAUGCUGCUGCGGCACUCGAGGCAUGGAGGCUUAUGCGCCAGCAAACUCCCAUACGGCAACGACGCUGGAGGACGAAAGGGCGCGACGAGUCCCUGCUAGGCAGCAUAUUCCGCGACGCGCUGUUGCUGCUGGGCUCGAAUAUCUGAGCGGCAGCUCCUCGGAUCCUAUCUGCAUUCACCCGUGUGCGGGAGCAUCGUGUUCCCUUCUCGCACAGUGCGUCGUGUGGGCAUCGACGCGCCUAUCCUGCGCCCAUUAUUUCGCGCGCACGAGUGUCCUUCUUUUGGGGUCACGCAGCGACGUGUUGCUCCCACGAGGCCUAGUUCGCGAUCGUGUACACCCGCACCACUUGUACUAUCAUGCUUAUCAUGCCCGUGUCUCCAUGCUGUGUCCGAUUCCUCACGCUCUGAAUAUCUACUGUUGUACUCCCUGCUUUCUCAAGC